AUGAUCUCCUUCCUCAUCCUUCCCAUGCAGAGAGUCACACGGCUGCCCCUGUUGAUGGAUCCAUUCCCACUGGUGUCGUCCUCCCGCUGGAUGGUGAAGCGUGAUGAGCUAACAGCUUUUGUAGAGGAAAAUGGCAUCUUUUCCAAAAGAACGUCUCGCCAGCAGGUCUAUUUCUUCCUCUUCAAUGAUGUCCUCAUUGUAACACGAAAGAAAAGUGAGGAGAGUUAUACAGUUAUAGACUGCGCACUGAGAGAUCAGAUAUAUGUGGGGUCAUGUCAGGCAGAGGACCUGAAUCUCUCUCCUGUCCGUGGCACUGCGGGAAUGCUGACGUCACGGCAGAACGUUGCCAGCCACCUGUUCCAGAUCAGAUUCCGCAGCAACCACUCUGGAGACAAAGUCACCAUGAUCUUGGGGGUGGAGCUACUGUAG